CUUCGGAUGCUCUGGCCAUGCGUCUCGUGUAAGUGCCGGGCAUCGCUUGGCCCGGUGGCUUGCCUUGGACCACGUUGCUUGGGGCCGGAGUGGCGGCUGUUGUAAUGUCUGGGAAUCUCGCUCGUCAACUCUUAGGUUACAGAGCAAGCGCGGGCUAGGCAGCUCCGGGUGAGGACUUGAAGGCUGCCGAGGCAGCGUUUCCAUGCCAGGGCAAAGAGGGGCUCCAACAAACAGCCUCAAACAUCUCCAGCGGCGACGGAGCGUCUUGAGCUGAAACCGCCGCGGAGCUUCACUUUGCCUCGGAUUUUAUGGGACCGGCUGCUCCGGGGAUGUCGAGGGGCUUCUGACAAGCGAUCGGCGUAGAGAAAAUGCUCUCUUGCCCCAGCCCUCGACCAGGGUGGACCUAAAAGUGAUGACUUGGUGCCUGCUGUAGCAGCAGCAGCAGCAGCGCUGCUUUCCUUUGUUCCCCUCGCGACUAAGCUUGCUCCGAUCUUCUAGCGAUGGCAACAGAAGUGGUGUGUGGAUUGAUCUUCAGACUACUACUUCCCAUCUGUCUAGUCACUGCAUGUGCAUUCCGCUACAAUGGGCUUUCAUUUGUCUACCUCAUCUACCUCCUGCUCAUUCCUCUCUUCUCUGAACCUACAAAAACAACAAUGCAAGGUCAUACAGGACGAUUACUAAAAUCCCUGUGUUUCAUGAGUCUAACGUUUCUGCUUCUGCACAUUAUCUUUCAAAUCACAAUAAACAGCCUUGAAGCCCAGAGAACCAUUGAACCUGGCUAUCAUUGUUUGACAUGGGAAAAAACACUACGGCAGAUUGGUUUUGAAAGUGUUAAAGGGGCAGAUGCUGGCAAUGCCAUUAGAAUUUUUGUUCCUGAUAUCGGUAUGUUCAUUGCCAGUCUGACUAUAUGGCUAGUCUGCAGAAAUAUCAUUCAGAAGGCAGCACAAGAGGAUUCUGGAUUGUACAAUGAGCAGUUUGAUGGAGAAGAAAUGAAUGAAGGAGAGGGAAUAGAGGCAGAAGAUGCAUUAAUAUAUGAAGAUUUUGAUGAUGCAGAAUGUGGGGAAGAAGAAGAAACAACAAAAUUAAAAUUGUUACGACGAAUUGCCUCAAUAGCUUCCAAAAUCAAGGAAAUUAUUGGGAAUGUUAUAACCACAGCUGGAAAAGUUGUUGUUACAAUUUUACUUGGUUCAACAGGAAUGAUGUUGCCAUCACUGACCUCAGCUGUAUAUUUCUUUGUAUUCUUGGGGUUGUGUACGUGGUGGUCCUGUUGCCGAGGAUUUGAUCCGCUGAUAUUCAGCUGUCUCUGUGUACUAAUGGCUAUAUUUAGUGCAGGCCACUUAAUUGGACUUUACCUGUAUCAGUUACAAUUUUUCCAGGAAAUUAUUCCCCCCGAUGACUUCUAUGCCAGGUUAUUUGGUGUGAGUUCAAUUAUUCAGACCAACUGCUCAAGCACUUGGAAAAUUAUCACCAACCAAAAGUUGGUCUGGUAUCACCAUGUCAACCCCAUCUUGCUGCUAAUAUUGUACUACACCCUAGCAACUCUCAUUCGACUUUGGCUACAUGAACCCAUUGAACAGCAUGUACCUGAUGAUGACAAAUCUGAUAACAGAGAUGAAGAAACAGAUUGCAGACUUACAAUGACUGCAGAUACAAGACGCAUCUUGUGGCACAAAAGUCGCUACCCAACUGAUGAAGAACCUCUAUCAAUGACUGAAGUUGAACACAAGCCAGCUGAUGUGCUGAUGGUGACAGUGAAUGGUACACCUGUUAAUUAUCUCAUGCCCAUAGAAAAUGGGCCUGCCAAAGGAGAUAUGUACUCAACACCACAGUACAAGUGGGAACCAUCAGAUGAUGGCUCAGAAAAGAAAGAUGAGGAGGAUGAAGAAGAAAAUAUUGAAGAAAAAAAUGCUAAAGUUCAUGCUAUGGUCACAGUUUUCCAUUUUAUUAUGAAACAAAGUUAUGUCUGUGCUUUAAUUGCUAUGAUGGCCUGGAGUAUUACUUACCAUAGCUGGUUAACAUUUAUAUUGUUGAUAUGGUCCUGCAUACUUUGGAUGUUGCGUGACCGAAGGAAAUAUGCUAUGAUCAGUUCUCCUUUUAUGGUGGCUUAUGGAAAUUUGUUAUUAACAUUCCAAUAUAUAUGGAGCAUUGAAAUGAAUAAUAAUGAACUCCCUGAAGUUUCAGGAUUUUUUGAACGGAAAGAUCCUGGUGAAUUAGCAUCAAAGGUUCUUUUUGAGAUUACUUUCUGGCUAUUGCUUAGACAACACCUCACUGAGCGAAAAGCUUUGCAGUUAAAGGAAGCUGUUUUAUCUGAGAUCAAAGUAGAAGAUGAAGAGAGCGAAGAGAAAGAAGAGGAAUCCCAAGAAAGCGGAGAGGAAUCCCAAGAAAGCAAAGAGGACUCCCAAAAAAGUGAAGAGGAAUCACAGAAAGAUGAAGAAUGUAAAAAGGAAGAAGAUGAGGAAUGUGAGGAAGAUGAGGAAGAUGUAAUGAAAGUCUUGGGAAAUAUGGUGAUGGCUAUGUUUGUUAAGUACUGGAUUUACGUCCUUGGAGGAAUGUUCUUCUUUGUCAGCUUUGAAGGAACAAUUGUCAUGUACAAAAUCAUCUACAUGGUGCUCUUCUUGUUCUGUGUAGCCCUGUAUCAGGUGCACUAUGAAUGGUGGCGGCGAAUUCUGAAAUAUUUUUGGAUAUCGGUGGUGGUUUACACAAUGCUAGUGCUUGUCCUCAUCUACACAUUUCAGUUUGAGUCAUUUCCUGGAUUGUGGAGAAACAUGACAGGGAUGAAUGAUGCACAACUAAAGGAUCUUGGGUUGAGAAAGUUUUCUGUCACAGAGCUUUUCACCCGCAUCUUUAUUCCAACCUCCUUUUUGUUGGUGUGUAUAUUACACCUGCAUUACUUCCAUGAUCGUUUCCUCCAGCUUACAGACUUAAAAGCUGUAACCAGCAAACAGGACAGCACCAUCUACAGCCACGCCAAAGUCAAUGGUCGUGUUUAUCUAAUAAUAAAUAGGCUGGUGCACCAAGAGAGCCUGCCUGAUUUAACAAUGAUGAAUUUAGAUGCCAGCAUUGAAAAGGAAGAGGAUAGAAUGUUGCCAGAGCAGGAAGAAAAAGGAAUGGAAGAAGAGAGAGAGAAGGAAGAGGAUGAAGGCAAGAGUGAAAAAGCAGAAGAAGAAGAUGAUGACGACGAUGAUGAAUCAGAGACAGAAGAAAUAUCAGAUUUAAAGAACAAGUGGCAUUUGGUGAUUGAUCGCCUUACAGUGCUUUUCUUGAAAUUCCUGGAAUACUUUCAUAAACUGCAAGUCUUCAUCUGGUGGCUUUUGGAGCUACAUAUUAUCAAAAUUGUUUCAUCAUACAUUAUAUGGGUCACAAUAAAAGAGGUUUCUCUACUUAACUACGUGUUUUUGAUUGCCUGGGCUUUUGCUUUGCCAUAUUCCCAGUUCCGUCCAUUGGCAUCCAGUGUCUGCACUGUUUGGACCUGUGUGAUUGUUGUCUGCAAAAUGUUGUACCAGCUGGAAACUAUUGAGCCUUAUAAAUACUCUUCGAACUGCACAAUGCCUGAAAACAGAACUGAGGACGAAAGAAAAAUUCUGAAUAACUCCACUCUCUACAAAGGCCCGAUUGAUCCAUCUGAAUGGGUUGGGUUAAGAAAGUCACCUGAUUCUCUGCUUGUAUACUUGAGGAAUAAUCUGCUGAUGCUGGCAAUUUUGGCCUUUGAGGUUACUGUCUACCGACAUCAAGAAUACUAUAGAUGUCGAAACAAUCUCACUGCACCUGAAACCAAAACCAUUUUUCAUGAUAUAACUAGAUUACAUUUGGAUGAUGGAAUAAUUAACUGUCUCAAGUACUUCGUAAACUACUUCUUCUACAAGUUUGGUUUGGAGACCUGUUUCCUCUUAUCAAUAAAUGCAAUUGGUCAACGAAUGGAUUUUUAUGCCAUGAUUCAUGGCCUUUCACUAAUUCUUGUGUUAUAUCGACGCAGAAGAAAAGCCAUUGCAGAGAUCUGGCCAAAAUAUUGUUGUUUUCUGGCAUGCAUUAUUACAUUCCAGUAUUUCAUUUGCAUUGGCAUUCCACCUGCUUCUUGUAAAGAUUAUCCAUGGAGGAAUGAUAAGUCCAACUUCAAUAAUAAUAUCAUCAAGUGGUUAUACUUUCCAGAUUUUAUUCAACAACCAAACCCAGUCUUUCUUGCCUAUGAUUUUAUGUUGCUGCUAUGUGCAUCCUUACAAAGGCAAACAUUUGAAGACGAGAACAAGGCUGCUGUACGUAUCAUGGCUGGAGACAAUGUGGAGAUUUGUAUGAACCUUGAGGCAGCAUCUUUUAGCCAACACAAUCCUGUCCCUGACUUUAUCCAUUGCCGUUCUUAUCUAGAUAUGUGUAAAGUGAUAACAUUCAGUUAUCUCUUCUGGUUUGUCCUCACCAUCAUAUUUAUAACGGGAACCACUCGGAUCAGUAUAUUUUGUAUGGGCUAUUUGGUGGCUUGCUUCUAUUUCCUGCUGUUUGGGGGAGAUCUGUUACUCAAGCCUAUCAGAAGCAUUCUUCGUUACUGGGACUGGCUGAUAGCAUACAAUGUGUUUGUGAUUACAAUGAAAAAUAUAUUGUCUAUAGGAGCAUGUGGUUAUGUUCGGUCAUUAAUGAAUAACAGUUGUUGGGCAAUCCAGGCAUUUAGCCUGUCUUGUACAGUUAAAGGUUAUGAUAUUCCUCCCAAUACAAAAACCUGUAAAUUACCUAGUGGGGAAGCAGGAAUUAUCUGGGACAGUAUUUGCUUUGCCUUCCUGAUGCUUCAAAGAAGAGUUUUCAUGAGUUACUACUUCCUUCAUGUAGUUGCAGAUAUUAAAGCUUCACAGAUUCUGGCAUCCAGAGGUGCUGAACUUUUCCAGGCCACCAUUGUGAAGGCUGUAAAAGCAAGAAUUGAGGAAGAGAAGAAAUCAAUGGAUCAACUGAAAAGACAAAUGGAUCGUAUCAAAGCCAGGCAACAAAAAUAUAAAAAGGGCAAAGAAAGGAUGAUGAGCAUGAACCAAGAAUCUUCUGAUGGGCAAGCAGUCCAAAAGGCUCCUGAAGAUGAUGACGACGACGAUGAUGGCGAAGGAGACAAAGAGAAAACCAAGGGCAAAAAAAAGCAGUGGUGGCGACCUUGGGUUGAUCAUGCUUCCAUGGUCAGAAGUGGAGAUUAUUAUUUAUUUGAGACGGACAGUGAAGAAGAAGAAGAGGAGGAAAAAAAGGAAGAUGAAGAACCCCCAAGAAGAUCAGCAUUUCAGAGAGCUAUUGCGAAAUUUGCUUCUGCCAUUUUAGCCUUGCCAAAGUCUGUUAUUAAACUGCCCAAAACUAUUCUUCAAUAUUUUAUCAGAGCUGCAAAGUUUGUUUAUCAGGCCUGGAUUACUGAUCCUAAAACUGCCCUCAGACAGAGGCGCAAAGAGAAGAAAAAAUUUGAAAAAGUUAGGAAACGAAGGCAGAAAGGAUCUGAGGAUGUUGCUAUAGAUAUGGAAUGUGAAGAAAAAGAGGAAUCUGUCAAAAAGAAAUCCGAUGGACCUGAUAAUAUUAUCAAAAGAAUAUAUAACAUUUUGAAGUUCACCUGGGUUCUUUUUCUGGCAACAAUAGAUAGUUUUACAGCUUGGCUGAAUUCAAUUUCAAGAGAGCACAUUGAUAUUUCCACUGUGCUAAGAAUUGAGAGAUGCAUGCUUACUAGGGAAAUCAAAAAGGGUAAUGUGCCAACUCGAGAGAGUAUACAUAUGUAUUACCAGAACCAAAUGAUGAAACUUUCUAGAGAAUCAGGACUGGAUAGAACUGAUGAAACUGGACUGGCAGCUGAGAGGACAGCAAGUCUAGAAUCAGCCCCUUCACGUGAUAGUGAAUCCAGCUGCUGCACUGAAGCAACCACACUGUUAUUAUCAAGGCAAUCAACCCUUGAUGAUAUAGAUGGACCAGACCUUAUUCCUAAAACAAGUGAGCGUGCACGACCUAGGCUUCGUAAAAUGUACAGCAUGGAUAUGUCCUCCUCAUCUGCAGACAGUGGCAGCAUCGUGUCAAGUGAGGCCACCCAAAUCACCAUGCUGUAUUCCCGUCAGGGAACAACAGAAACCAUUGAAGAAGUUGAAGGGGAGGAACAUGAAGAAGGGGCAGAAAGUGCACCAAGACAAGACCAUGAUAUGGAAGAUUAUUGUCUGGAUUCUGAAGGAGCUGCAUAUACCUCUGACACAGAUGUGCCAUCCUAUUCUGCUCUGGAUGGUAUUGCUGAACCCCCUCCCUCAUAUAGCAAAGCUGUGAGCUUGGAACUUUUCCCCUUAGAUGGUUCCCAAGAUGACUCUUCUGACAAAAACCAUAUGUUGGUGAGUCCAGAUGAACUGGAAGCUGACAAAUCAGAGGAUAAUAUACUGCCCCCAUUGACCCAUGAGCUGACUGCAAGUGAACUGCUUCUAAACAAAAUGUUUCGUGAUGAAGAACUGGAAGAGUCAGAGAAAUUCUAUACCGGUCAGCCUCGAUUUUUGCUGCUUAUUUAUGCUCUCUAUAAUACACUCGUAGCCCGUUCAGAAAUGGUGUGUUACUUCGUGAUUAUUCUUAAUCACAUGAUCUCUGCCUCCAUGAUUACCCUUGUGCUUCCUAUCCUUAUCUUCCUUUGGGCUAUGCUGUCUGUCCCAAGACCUAGCAAGCGUUUUUGGAUGACUGCUAUUGUCUACACUGAGGUGACAAUAGUUAUAAAGUAUUUCUUCCAGUUUGGCUUCUUCCCUUGGAAUGCAAAUCUUGAACUCACGAAAGAUGAACCUUACCAUCCUCCCAAUAUAAUUGGCGUUGAGAAGAAAGAGGGCUAUGUCCACUAUGAUCUUGUUCAACUACUUGCAUUGUUUUUCCACCGAUCCAUUUUAAAGUGUCAUGGAUUGUGGGAUGAAGAAGAUGGAGGAGACUUCAUCAGUAAAGAUGAUUCUGAUGAUGAGAUGGCUGAAUCAGACAGGAGAGGUUCUGCUGACUCUCUGACAUCAGUUAACUUGGCAGCAUCUGUUGAGUCUAUACAUGUCCAUUUCCCAGAGCAGCAAACGGCCAUCCAUAGGAAAAGUUCAAGCAGUGGAUCACAGCUCUCACACAGAUCCAGCUUCUCCUCACACCGGUCAAAACGAAGUAGUACCAGCACACGGAACAGCAGUCAAAAAGGGAGCAGUGUGUUGAGCAUAAAGCAAAAAUCAAGGAAAGAACUUCUUGUGGAAAAACUGCGAGAACAAUUGAUCAAAGCUAAGGCAUUUACAAUUAAAAAGACACUCCAAGUUUAUGUGCCAAUCAGACAGUUUUUCUACAACCUCAUUCACCCAGAUUACAGCGCUGUGACAGAUGUUUAUGUCCUGAUGUUCCUUGCAGACACUGUGGAUUUCAUCAUCAUUGUGUUUGGAUUCUGGGCCUUUGGGAAACACUCUGCAGCAGCAGAUAUUACGUCUUCAUUAUCAGAGGACCAAGUGCCAGAAGCCUUCUUAGUGAUGGUGCUAAUUCAGUUUGGAACCAUGGUAGUAGAUAGGGCUCUUUAUCUCAGGAAGACCGUCAUGGGAAAAGUCAUCUUCCAGGUCAUCCUUGUUUUUGGUAUACACUUUUGGAUGUUCUUUAUAUUGCCUGGAGUGACAGAUAGGAAAUUUAGCCAAAAUAUAGUUGCACAACUCUGGUAUUUUGUGAAAUGUGUUUAUUUUGGAUUAUCAGCAUAUCAGAUACGCUGUGGCUACCCAACCCGUGUUCUUGGAAAUUUCCUCACAAAAAGUUAUAAUUAUGUGAACCUCUUCUUAUUUCAAGGAUUCCGUCUGGUUCCGUUUUUGACUGAGUUGAGAGCAGUAAUGGACUGGGUUUGGACAGAUACUACAUUAAGUCUUUCUAGCUGGAUCUGUGUUGAAGAUAUUUAUGCCCAUAUAUUUAUCUUGAAGUGCUGGCGGGAGUCUGAAAAAAGAUAUCCCCAGCCAAGGGGCCAGAAGAAAAAAAAGGUUGUGAAGUAUGGAAUGGGUGGCAUGAUUGUCGUCCUGCUGAUUUGUAUUGUCUGGUUCCCACUGCUCUUCAUGUCUCUAAUCAAAUCUGUUGCAGGUGUCACAAAUAAACCUCUUGAUGUUUCCAUUACAAUAACCUUAGGAGGUUAUCAGCCUAUAUUCACAAUGAGUGCUCAGCAGAGUCAGCUCAAAGAUCUGGAUAGGGGAGAAUACAACAGAUUUAUGAAAAGUUUUUCAGAAACUGCUGCUUUGCAAUUUUUGGAAAAUUAUGGUAUUGAAGAUAUAACAGUUGCACAACUAGAAGGCAAUUCAAAUUCCUUGUGGACCAUCAGCCCUCCCAGCAGAAGGAAAAUGAUAGAUGAGCUCAACAAAACAGAUUCUCCAUUUACUCUGGUUGUUUCUUGGAGUGUUCAAAGAAACCUCUCCCUUGGAGCAAAAUCAGAAAUAGCAUCAUCUAAAGAAUCAUUUCUCCUUCCAAAUGAAACAAGAACCACCCUUGCUGCAAUGAUGGAAGGCACAACUAGUGAGAAAAAAGUGACUCUAAGAAACGUAUAUCCCCAUUACAUCAAGGCACCUAGUGAUUCUCUUGCAAAACCCUUGAAGCAACUUAUGACAGGUGGUGAAUUUACAAACAUCACCGUUUCAUUGGUCAAGAAUAAAGAUGAUAAUAACAAUAAUAAUAGUGAUGAAUUUCAUGAGUGGUGGAUUGUCAACCAGACAGACAAAAAGAUUGUGAGAGGGGAUAAGCAAGACAGCCUGGAACUUAUUGUAUUCAGUGACAAAGUUAGCCCUCCUAGCCUUGGAUUCUUGGCCGGCUAUGGUAUCAUGGGAUUAUAUGCCUCUGUUGUCCUGGUGAUAGGAAAAUUUGUGCGUGAGUUCUUUAGUGGAAUUUCCCACUCCAUAAUGUUUGAAGAGCUUCCCAAUGUGGAUCGUAUCCUGAAGUUGUGUACAGAUAUCUUCUUGGUUCGAGAGACUGGUGAACUGGAGCUGGAGGAAGAUCUAUAUGCAAAAUUAAUAUUCCUGUACCGCUCACCAGAGACUAUGAUCAAAUGGACUCGAGAAAAAACAAAUUGAUCUCUUUGUGAUUCUCCUAACAAAUCAAGAUGACUUCAUCUGAUUUUCUUUUUUUAAAAAGCACAACAUUCUCUUAAGAGCUAAACCUUUUAUAAUUGGGUGGCAAUGAAUUUUUAGUUCAUGGAGCCUAUGUGGUUGUUUCCCUCAAAAUCCAUGCUGCCUUUCAAAUCAAAGAAGAAUUUUAAAAACUAUUCUUUGUUUUCAAAUGCAACUCCUCUAACAUCAGAGCAGUUUGCUUUUCAGUUUAGUAAACAGAAUGUUUGACAUCCCAGUCUGGCUACAGUAACUCCUUGGACUUAAUUUGUGCUCUCAAGAAGGAUGGAUAUGACAUGUGAAUUAACUGGUCCUCCUUUUUUUUUUCGAGUGAUACAUCUUGGAUCAUGAAAUAUCCUACUUUUCAUCAAAGAUGUUCAAGGGACACCAGGUGUUGGAGUUGCCCUUUUAGGGCAUCCAAGACCAUGGGACAAAGCAGGUGCUGAAGGAAUCUAUAUUAUGCACAUUUCUUUUUUUCUUUUCUUUUUUUUUUUUAAAAAAAGAGGUUUUUUGUGUUGAAGACUGUACAGAGAUACCUCCAUAAGGAAAAAAAAUCAGUGACUGUCUUUAACGGCCUUAUUUUAUUUGAACAAUUACAGGAGACAUUGAAACAUCAAUGACCUUACUCAGGAACAAAACUCAAGAUUCAACUAAUGGAUAAUUAAUUAUGUGAUACUCUGCAGGACCACUUUUCCAAAAUUGACAGAAUUUUUUUUAAAAAGGCAGUUGAAUUUCAUGAGAAGCCUUCUGAUUUCUUAGAAAGAUUUGAAGACUGAAUAGGGUGGUCUUUGUCUCCACAGCCUGCUUUCCCCCAUUUUGACAUUUUAAUCCAAUGAUCUGGCUUGUAUCUAAUAUUUCUUUCCAGGGUUUCAGGUAUACAAAAAUGUUUACAUAUUUGAAUUCACAUUUUUACAUCCAAGACGGGUUUUUAAACUUCCCAGUCAUGAGAAAAAUGUAUAUAUAAUGAGCUUGGAAAUUUGCCUUUUCUUAAAUUAUUACUCUUGGUGACACAGGCUGCUCAGCAGAGGACACUGUAGCAUGAAAUUUUACUGUUGCAAUGUAGUUUUCAUUCCAUGAAUUAGAAAAUGCAGUUUCUUAAGGAUACCAAAUCACUGAAUGGCUAAGGUAUGCUAAGGUGUUAUACUGUGUAGUUUUGAAUCCAUAAUGACUUCAAAUAAAGCACAUGAUGUAAAGUCA